CCCCAGGUGGGUUUUGCAGAUCCAACACGUCUCCAAACAAAAUUCCACCAUUAUUAACGAUGAUAAUGAUGUCGUAAUAUACACACACACACCCACACCCACACUCACACCAAACAUUUCUCAAUCCACACUCUCUCUCAUAACUCAUUUUCCAAAAAAAAAAUAAAAAGAACCCCCUUUGAAAGUUUUGGUUCAGUUCUCCAUAAUUGGACCAGAAGUAGCACUAAUACUCGGUGUUAAUUUAGUUCUGGGUCUCUCUCUGCCUCUUUGUCACAUCCCUUCCUUUUCUUGACGUGCGUCGGUGAACGUGAAACAGAGAAAAAAAGAAAACAAAGAAAAGAAAAGAAAGAGAAGAGAAGAGAUCAUUUAAUGGCUGAAGUUAAGGACCUUCCCUAAUAAUUUAUAUUAUAUAGAUCACCUCGAUAUACUCUCUCCCCAUUCCCAUCAACAUCGUCACUAGCUCUUGCCCAUAACUCUAUUUAAUCCAAGAAACAGAGCAUUAGUGGGUUUUAUAAGAAGAAGGGGCAGUAGUAGUGAAAAUCACAGAAUAACAUUGGUUUUGAUCUGAGAAUAUGGGAAACUGCCAGGCGGCGGAGGCGGCGACGGUGGUGAUUCAGCACCCGGGGAAUGCGAAGAUCGAGAGGAUUUACUGGUCGGUGAGCGCCAACGAGGUGAUGACGAAGAACCCCGGGCAUUACGUGGCUCUGGUUGUUACGUCGCCGACAAUGAAGACGGAGAAGGGUACGCCAUUGAAGCAGCUCAAGCUUCUCCGCCCCGACGACACGCUCCUCAUCGGCCACGUCUAUCGCCUCGUCAGUUUCGAAGAUGUAUUGAAGGAGUUCGCAGCCAAAAAGUGCGUGAAACUGGGGAGGUUGCUGAAGGAAAGAGGAGGGCUUGGCCUCGACUUGAGGAAGAAAGACUCAUCGGAUGUUGGUCCCACUAGUCGGAGUCUCAAACCUGAUAACUGCAAUUCCUUCAAGACGGGCCAUGAGGUUCACCGCCUAGGAAGCAACGUGGGCAGCAGCAGAAGGCACUACGGAUCAGUUGGUGAAGGUGGUGGGCAAUGGAGGCCAGCCUUGCAGAGCAUUGCUGAGGUUGGAACUUGAUCGCUUCCGUUUCAUGCAUUGCCUACCACAUCUCUCGCCAAUAUGUCUCUUCCUACAACCUCUCUUCCUCUGUCGUUUCUCUAUCCUCAGGAAUAAUGAAGCAAAGCCCAACC